CUUUCUGUGCUCACAGAGAUCAGCUGAUGACGGAUGGGUGUCGUCUCAGAUGCACGCUCCGUUUUCGCAGCAUGUCCGGUGUCACUCUGGGCCGCUCUGGAACUGGACGGGCCGCGCCUUGCGCGGCCAGCGGCCGCGAGGGCCUGGUGGCGACCGCAGGACGGCGAACCCGCUAUGCUGUGCCAUCUCCAGCCUGUGCGCCUCCCGCACGGCUCACCACGCGUCCCGCGCACGCGGGGUAUUGGCAGAGCAAGGAACUUUGCUGUUGGUGGAUGGCGAUGCUGUGAGCAUCACAUUCAUCGAGCAAGCCUUACGUACUUUGGAAGAGCGCGGCUACCAAGAUGUGCGCGCAAGAAUCUUUGGAGACCGCUUGAAGGUCAACGAUCGGUGGUCUCACUUCUUCCAGGACCCUCGGGUGGAGUUCCGUGCGGUGGACACCUGGAGGGCGAAGCAGGAAGCAGAACCCGUGGACGAGGCGGUGAUGGCUGAAGCCAGGCGUUUGGCGCAGCUCCGCGCAGAGACUCCACGCCCUUUGAUGAUUGCGCUGCUGGUGGACGACGCCGGCUACGCGCGGUGGCUGUGUGAGCAGGGCAGGGGCUGUGUGGACCUGGCCCUAUGCCCCGACAGCUCCUGGGGCGUGAAAGCGAGGCUGGAAGAGGCCCCGGUGAAGACGCUGUACGUGAAGACGCAGCGACGUGCGCAGAAGGUUCGAGCCGUGCUUCAUGCCAAUGGCACUGGCAGUGUGCGCCUGGCCUCAAGCUUUAUUGCCGAGGAACAAGGAGAGAUGUUGGAAGUGGUUCAGAACUUUCUCAUGGACUUGCAUUAUGGUGAUGGCGGCAGCUACUGGCCGUCCAGUUUGGCCAAAUUCUGGUUUACGAACCAGCUGGGCAAGAUCAUCGUAUAUCCCGUUCGAUUCUCUUUGGAGGCGGUCUAUAGGCUAAUCAACAGAGGAAGUCGAAGAGUAGGUUGGAAGGAUGGUAGAGUUUCACAGAAAAACCUGGCAUUUGUCCUGCCUCGCGGGGAUUUCUCGGCGCGAGACCCUCUUGACAGCAAGUAUGGCAGCAUGUUGGACUGCGAGGUGUACGAAGGUGGCGGCCCAAUGAUGCUGCACCACUCGCAGCACUUGGUCCCUCAAGUGUUGAGACGCCUGGGGUAUUUGGACCAUGAGUACAAUACGGAUCUUGCGGAGGCCAUGUUCGUCUUUAUCAACCAAAAGAAGAACAAGGAACUCUUGCGCAAGCAUGGCCAUAUGAGAGCUGCAUCUAGCGCCCAGGAGAUUGAAGCGCGUCUCCGGGAUGUGUUUGUGGCACCGGAAUGCAGUGGACACUGGCGGUUGGCUAGGCCACAAGAUGUCCGACUGCUGGAGCAUUUGCGUCGAGAAGGCUUUCUGGGCGAGGACGAAGCCAAAAGCAAUGUUUUCCAGGCAAUGAAAUCCUACUGCAAAGAGCGUGGUUUACCUCAGAUGAAGACCUAUGGUGGCUGCACCACUAUCAUUAUGAAUUCCUUGCGAAUGGCGAGUCGACGGCUCUUUAAGUUUGAGCUGUGAAAUGUGCGUUUGAACCUGUGGGAUGAAAAG